AUGGAAGCCUUCUCCUGUCCGUUCUGCGACUUCUCCGAUCAGGAUUCAUACUUCCUUCUGCAACAUGUCGAACUGGUUCACCCAGAGAAUGGCGAGUCCCCGUUCAUCGCUACUGAAGGUGAUGGUGAUGAGGAGGGUCGCUCUUCCUCAAGUAAUCAAGAGAACAAUGAAAUGCAAGGUGCUCUGCAGCAUGGGCAAACAACUCCGUCUACUGGGUCAUCUAUGAACAGCCCUGCAACAUAUAUUGAAUGUCCUUACAAUUGCGGCGAGCUUGUCGCCUCAGCUGAGAUCACUUCCCAUACCGACUUUCAUUUAGCUGAGAACAUGGCUUUUGAGGAGGAGGCUAUCCGUCCUGUCCAGUUCUCUACCGGUGCUUGCAACAACGAGCAGGCUGUCAAGGACAUAUCCACUCAUUUCUCCACUGAUAUCCCGAAAGCUCUUAGAAGAGACGACGAUUCCCUUCGGACGUCAACACCACGCAAGUCCUCACUCAAAGAGCUCCUCUUCGGAGACUCACCUCGUCGUACGCCAACCAAAGUAUCUGGUGGUGGCACGAAACGGCUAGGCCGAGCAGAACUUGGUCCAUAUGCUCAUGAGAAACAGAUGCCUUCAUGGCUGCGGCGGAUGCUAGAGGAAGGAGCCAAAGUCACAAUCUACAACCAAAUCAGCCCCAAUGGGACUAUGGUUAGAGUCGAAGCAGUCGCCAACGAGACACCAGGUCUCAUUCCAGUCCUUGCUCGGCUCUCCUAUCAGGACCCAACCGUCGACCAUGCAUUCUAUUGCAGUUCUGAAGUGCAUCACAUUGCUAAGAUGUCUCGAGAAGGCGGCUUUUGUGGCUACCGGAACAUACAAAUGAUGAUAUCCUACAUUCGUGAAUCUCGAGCACCAGGAUACAGGCACUUUCCUGGUAAGACACCGUCUAUACUCAGGCUUCAAGACAUGAUCGAGCAUGCAUGGGAUAUGGGUUACAACAGUUCUGGAAAGAUAGAGACUGGAGGCAUUCGUCUGACCAGGAAGUACAUUGGCACUCCAGAAGCUCAAGCGCUAUUCAACAGCCUAGCUAUUCCUUGCGAAGCAAAUGCAUUUUCACGCAGCAGCGAAUUCGCAGCACAUGAAAGUCUGCUUCUAGCCAUCGGCGAGUAUUUCAGUGGCGAGAACUUCCUUGACUUCGACCAAAAGAUACACAUGACAGACAAACCACCAGUGUACUUCCAACACCAAGGACACUCGCUUACCAUUGUCGGCUUCGAAGUGCGCAAGUCCGCUGCAUUCAAUUUGAUGGUUUUCGAUCCAAUGUUCAACCCAUCGCCCGCAAUCAAGAAGCUGGUUGGCUCCAAUUCUUUUCGAGCUGACAGUCCGGAGAAAUUGCUCCGAGCACACAGAAGAGGCGAAUCUUAUCUUGGAAGGUACAAAGACUUUGAGAUACUCAAAUGCACAGGAGGUAGAGCAGGAUAG